AUGGACCUGCUACUUGCAGAAGAUUCUACAGAAGGCGAAAUCAUCAGUGAAGUGGAAAAUGAGAUUCGCGAUGCACCGCUCUUAUCCGCGAGUGUCAUACGAGGAGAAGACCGCUCCGUUCUACCACAGUAUGGUUUCCUGGGUUCUCACGAAAAAGAGAAGGUCUUUCUCAAUACCAACGUGCCGUUUUCGGCUUUCAUAUGCGGGGUCCAGGGCAGUGGAAAGAGCCAUACCGCGUCUUGCAUUCUCGAGAAUGCGCUCAUACCCUCUUCGCAACUUGGGCGUCUCAAGAAGCCGCUUUCUGCGCUGGUAUUCAGCUACAGCCAGUUUGGAGGUGAUGGCUCGGGUUUCAGUAUCAGUGAGGCAGCUUUCUUGGGAACGCCACAUCCGAAGUUCCCCAAUCACCCUCAUGUGAAGAAAGUCCACGUUUGGGUGGCACCAUCCAACUAUGUCAAAAUCUCUAGAUUGUACCUUCUGAUUCCUAACGUGGUUGUCUCGCAGUUCAAGCUAAAACCUCGGAAUCUGGACAUCGAUACGAUGCUCACGUUGAUGAAUGUCGCUGAGUCAAACGAUACGCCUCUGUAUAUGGCCGCCGUGACACAGAUUCUUCGACAGAUGGCAACCGAUGGGGGAGCGUUCAACUACACCGAUUUCAAAGCCAGGUUGAAAAAAUGCCGUUUCAACCCAGCACAGGUCAACAUGUUGCAGAUGCGCUUGGAUCUGCUGGAAUCAUUCUUAGAUAUGAAUAACAGCUGCCCCGAUCUGGUUUUCGAGGAGGGAGAAGUAGCUGUUAUGGACAUGAGCUGUCCAUUUGUAGAUGCAAACACGGCGUGCAUUCUUUUCCGGAUCGGACUGCAGAGUUAUCUCCGAUCAGGAACGGCCGGCAAGAUUGUUGUGCUUGACGAGGCUCAUAAGACACUCCUCACUACCAUUCGCUUGCAGCGUCACUACGGUGUCCGCGUUGUAAUUUCCACACAAGAGCCUACGUUGUUAACAGAUCUCAUCGCCCUAUGCUCCAUCACGAUAAUCCACCGAUUUAGUAGCCCAGAAUGGUUCGCCGCUAUCAAACGUCACAUACCUAUGCGACAAGAAGAACACCACUCAACCAUGGAAGCCAUUGAAUGCCUCAAAACUGGCACUGCGCUUGUGUAUUCGCCGAACGCGGUGUUGGGCAUGUACGAAAAUGGAGGGCUGGAAAAGGGCACAGGUAAGCUGAUACCACUUACUGUGAGGAAGAGGGUGACGAGUGAUGGAGGUCUUAGCGUGCUUGCUGUUUAGACAUGCGAUGAUUUCUCUUGCUUCGUUGGUCUUUUGCCGCGUUUUGAGCUGUUCAAUAGUAUAAUCUGCAAUCAUCCGCUGUAGCACGUCGUCGAUAAAACCAUAACCAACCCCUUGUUGUCGUCAUUUAAAUGUAGCGUUCUUUGUUUUUCGCUUCGCCACUGUCCCCAGUAGGACCAGACGAAAUCACAGCUUUCGUCGCUCGGUAUGACCUACAAAGCAUCGUUAGUUGACCUACGGCGUUGAAGCCUUCGUGACUGCGGGCUCCUC